AUGGAAGAAAAAUCUCUGGGUGGCAGCAAGUAUCUGCUGCUGAUCGUGGAUGAAGCCAGCGGAUGCAUGAAGGGUUUUUGUCUGCAUUCCAAGUCAGAGAGCGAAGAGUGCAUCAAGAAGUACAUCACGAUGAUACAGACGCAGUUCAACAAGAAGGUCAAAUUUGUGCGACACGAUGGAGCCCGCGAGUUUGCGACGAACUCGCUUCAAGAUUUCUACGAAGUCGAAGGCAUCGAGCAACAAACCACGGUGCCAUACGCACAUCAAGCCAAUGGAACUGCUGAACGCGCGAUUCGAACUAUCGUCACCAUCGGUCGUAGCAUGCUCCAUCAUGCCAAGUUGGACAAGUGCUUCUGGGCUGAAGCGGCAAUGACGGCCGUCUAUGUGAAGAACCGUUUGCCGUCACCCAAGAUUCCACACAAGACACCGUUCGAGAUUGUCUACAAUUCUAAGCCAAGUGUCAAGCACAUGCGCGUUUUUGGGUGCCAAGCAUACAUCUUGACCCCGAAGGAGAAACGACUCAAGUGGGAUCCCAAGGCCCGGGCUGGAUUGUUUUUGGGCUACGAAGAAGUGUCCAAGGCGUAUCGAGUUUACGACAUCGAAGCGGGGCAGGUGAUGAUAAGUCGCGAUGUCAACUUCGAUGAGUCGGCCUUUGGAAUGUCGAUGCUGAUUUCCGAUGACGAUGUUGAUGGCCUGGACUUCGAAUCGAUCGAUCUUGAUGAUGAAGAACCGCGUCCGAGACACUUCAAACAAACAGGAAAGCGCAAGGCCCAACCCAGUCACGACAAUGACGACGCAAGCAUGCCCCCGAGCAGUGCGCCAACGACCCGGAUUGGAAGAGUCAAGUGCGCCGGAUGA